AUGUCCAUAACUACAAAUGGCGGAACAGGACAGUGUGUGUCCCCCAAAUGCUCUGCAGAUGUGAAUGGAGUUUGCCCAUUACAUUUGCAAGUCAGGACGGCUGAUGGGAUCGUGAUUGGGUGUAAGAGCUCAUGCCUCGCAUCUAACCUCCCAAAGGAUUGUUGCACAGCCGAAUUUAACGACCCAAAAGUAUGUCAACCAAGCGACUCUGCCAAGAUCUUCGAGUCCCAAUGCCCCCAGGCUUAUAGCUAUGCUUAUGACGAUGAAAACAGCACGUUCACAUGCAGCGCUGAACCCAACUAUGAAGUUACCUUCUGCCCAUAA